UACACCCACUUCACCCGGAAGCGCUGACGUUUUGUGUAUUGUCCGGUAAUCAGGUGAAUCACCUGGAGGACUUUCUUAUAUAUCUUCCGUGGUUGUUUAUGUUGUUCACGGCAUGUGUUCAUAAAAGCUGCGAUUGACUUUCAAUAUAUAUAUAUAUGUUUAAUUGCUGAAUAUCUUUAUAGAAUAUUCGAAUCCAGAUUUGCUUUACUUUUCAAGUUACUGGCCAAAAAUUUUGAAAAUGAAAAAGGACAACAAACCUGACAACACAGCAUUUACACAACAGAGACUGCCAGCAUGGCAGCCCGUCCUGUCCGUGGGCAUAGUUCUACCCCUCUUUUUCAUCAUUGGACUGGCCUUUAUAGGGAUUGGAAUUGGACUUUUAAUCACAUCAAAUAACAUUCAAGAGUUUGAGGAGGAAUACACUGGGGUAGGAGAUAAUUCAAACUGUUACAUUUGUGCAAACAAUGCAACAGCUAAUUGCAAGUGCACACUCAACUUCACAAUAGCUCAACCCAUUCAGGGGUCUGUAUUUAUGUAUUAUGGAUUAACCAACUAUUAUCAAAAUCACCAGAAGUAUUUAAGUUCUAGGGAUGACCAACAGCUUGCUGGGGAUAUAUACUACUUAAAGAAUCCUUCGCAGACAUGUAAACCAUACCAGACGGAUGCAAGCAAUAUCCCUAUAGCUCCUUGUGGAUCGAUUGCCAAUAGCCUUUUUAAUGAUGCUUUCGCUCUUUAUUACAACAAUCAAGGAUUCUUAGAAGAAGUUAAAUUGGAUGGUAGUGCAAUUGCCUGGUGGACCGAUCACAAUGUAAAAUUCAGCAAUCCAUCGCAGACAGGCAGCACUCUGAAACAGAUAUUUGAAGGAACUGUAAAGCCUAUAAACUGGAGUAAUCCUGUCUAUAAACUUGAUGUCAAUAAUCCAGACAAUAAUGGCUUCAUUAAUGAGGAUUUUCUUGUGUGGAUGAGAACUGCAGCGCUUCCAGAUUUCAGAAAGCUCUAUCGUCGAAUUUCUGGAAAUUAUUCCAGUUUUAUGCCAUCUGGAAAUUACACACUUGAAAUAACCUACAAUUACCCAGUGAAGGACUUACCUGGUAAAAAGAAAGUUAUUUUUAGCACAGUUUCAUGGAUGGGUGGAAAAAAUCCAUUUUUGGGAAUUGCCUAUCUUGCAUUUGGGUCACUUUGUUUUGUCAUGGGAUUUAUUCUACUUAUUGUUUAUGCAAAAUAUCAGAAUGUCGAAGACAACGAUGACUAAAAUGCUGCUAAUCUGUAGCAAAGUAUCUUGGGUUAGGUCACUAUUGGCUUUUUACAAACUGACAUUGUUUAUCUUAUGUUGUUGACACUAGUUCAAUUGGUAAUCUAUGCUAUGUGAUGCUGUACGGCAAUACAGGGUGUCUGUUUUAAAACAAACUUUUCUGGUUUUAUGUGAAGCUUUAUCAUCUUGAUUUGUCUCUGAAUUUGGGCUUGAGUUUUUUCUCCUUAUAAACAGAAGUAAAACUUAACUGCUGUUUGCACUUUUUAUACAUAUAUAAGAUGGCGAACUGUUGAUGGAAGAAAGCUGCUACUGUAUACACUUUUUGUACUUAAUGUAUUACUGCCUUACUAGGAGUGUUUUUGAGUACAGAUAAAUAAUAUAUUACAAAUCAUGUAGGCACCUGUUUCAGUAGGUUAAGAAACGCAUUGAAGGCUCACAGACAUGGAGCUAAUUAACAAAUCAUGUUUUAGCUGAAACAAACUUUACUUUCACAGUGUACAAAGAAAUGUAUAAUUUGUCAAGCUAAGAAGUUUUGACCAAGGAAGAGGUGCCUUAAAAAUGUUUUACAUGGUCUUUUUAAAAUACUUUGUUUUGUGUUUUGUUUUUGGUUUUUUUUUUUCAUGCUAUAGUACAAAAAUAAAUGGAGACUGCUGGAUCUUGUACAUAGUUAUGAUAGGUAUGUUUUUAACACUGGAUUAUGUUGGGAAUGCUUACAAGUUAUAAUUAUAUUAAUACAUUAAUAUUGUAAAAAGAACUUUGGGUUUUUUUUUAACAUCUGAUGUGUUUGGGAAAUGAUUUUAAAAUAAAGAUUGGUUAAUUCCAAGUUUUUACUUGUAUAACCCCUUUUUUAUACUGUGCACUAUUAGUGAUUAGAGUGUAGCAGAGUUCCAGUGAAACAAGCUAAUUGAGGCCUUGCUGUUGUAAAUCAGUUAGGAGGCAACAAAAUUCUUAUUGGGACCAGCUGCUUGAGAUGAUUUAUUUUUCUGCAGUGGGCAUGGGGUGGAGACCUGCGUUCACAUUCCAGUACCUCAGUUGGGAAUCUCUCUCUCUCUCUCUAUCUAUCUAUCUAUAUAAAUGCCGCGGCCGCACAUGAUAAGCAAAUAAAGGACAUCAUUGCUGGGGCAAGUGCUGACGGGGUAGUCGCGGCCGCGCACAUAAAAUCCGUUCCUGGGGAGACGCAACACAUACUGCCCCGCGCAUGUUUACUAACAAACUAUCUACUAACAUGCCACCAAACAAAAUGAAACGUUAAGUAGGACAAAAGACACAGACACUCAAAUUGAACAUAUCCUGGAAGAACGGUUGGCUCAGCAAGUAAACAACAAAAAGGCUGAAAGACAAAGAAAAAUACGAGCAAAUAGAUCAAUUGAAGAAAA